AUGGAUCUGGGGAAAACAGACAGUCAGUUAGCAUUCACUGCUAUUAAGCAGCAGCAGCUGUAUGCUGCCAUGGCUGACACCUUUCUGGAACAUAUGUGUUGUUUUGACAUCGACUCAGAGCCCAUUGCUGCUCGGAACACUGGUAUCGUCUGCAUCAUUGACCCAGCCUCCUGAGCUGUGGAUACAUUAAAGGAGAUGAUUGAAGCUGGAAUGAAUGUGGCUUGUCUGAACUUCUCCCAUGGAACUCAUGAAUACCAUGCAGAGACUAUCAAAAAUGUGCAAACAGCUAUAGAAAGCUAUACUUCUGAUCCUAUCAAGUACCGGCCUGUUACCAUAGCCUUGGACACCAAAGGACCAGAGAUCCGGACUGGACUCAUCAAGGGCAGUGGCACAGCUGAAGUGGAGCUGAAGAAGGGAAGCACUCUCAAAGUCACCUUUGAUGAUGCCUAUGUGGAGAAAUGUGAUGAAAAUGUCCUGUGGGUAGACUACAAAAACAUCUGCAAGGUGGUGGAUGUUGGUGGCAAAAUCUUUGUGGAUGAUGGGCUCAUUUCUCUUCUUAUGACAGAGAAAGGUCCAAAUUGCCUUAUAACUGAGGUGGAGAAUGGUGGCAUGCUGGGCAGCAAGAAGGGUGUGAACCUUCCUGGAGCAGCUGGUGACUUACCUGCUCUAUCUCAGAAGGAUAUCCAAGAUCUACACUUUGGACUAGAGCAAGGGGUGGAUAUGAUAUUUGCAUCUUUCAUCCAAAAGGCAGAUGAUGUCCAUGCAGUCAGAAAGGUCCUGGGAGAGAAAGGAAAAAAUAUCAAGAUCAUCAGCAAGAUUGAAAACCAUGAAGGAGUCCGGAGAUUUGAUGAGAUCCUGGAAGCCAGGGAUGGCAUCAUGGUUGCUCAAGGAGACUUGGGUAUUGAGAUCCCUGCAGAAAAAGACUUCAUUGAUCAGAAGAUGAUGAUUGGAAGGUGUAAUCGAGUUGAGAAACUGGUUAUCUGUGCCACUCAGAUGCUGGAGAGCAUGAUUAAGAAGCCAUGCUCCACAAGGGCUGAAGGUAGUGAUGUGGCCAAUGCUGUCCUGGAUGGAGCUGAUUGUAUCAUGCUGUCUGGGGAGACUGCCAAAGGAGACUAUCCAAUAGAAGCUGUGGGGAAGCAGCACUUGAUUGCCCGAGAGGCAGAGGCUGCCAUCUUUCACACGCAGUUGUUUGAAGAGCUUUGCCACCUGGUCCCCAUGACCAAGGAUCCCACUGAAGCCACUGCCCUGGGUGGUGUAGAGGCUUCCUUCAAGUGUUGCAGUGGGGCCAUUAUCAUCCUCACCAAGUCUGGAAGGUCUGCUCAUCAGGUAGCCAGGUACCGUCCCAGGGCCCCCAUCAUUGCCGUUACUCGUUGUGCUCAGGCUGCAUGCCAGUCUCAUCUGUACCGAGGUGCUUUUCCUGUGCUGUGCAAGGUCCCUGUUCAUGAGUCAUGGGCUGAAGAUGUGGACCUCAGGGUUAACCUUGCCAUGGAAGUUGGCAAAGCUCGUGGCAUUUUCAAGAAAGAUGAUGUGGUCAUUGUGCUAAAUGGUUGGCGUCCAGGUCCAGGCUUCACCAACACUAUGUGUUCGGUGCCAAUUCCAUAG